CGAAGUAUCGCCAGAGUCGGCUUACGCAGUAAUUUACAAUUACAACAUCGAUGCAAAUUUCCAACUUUCCCUACGAAGUAAUACAUCUAAUACUUACACCUGAUCGAUCGUCCAGUUUCCGGUCCCCUCCCCGUCAUCCCAAACCACAUCUGCCUUCCUAGUCGUCGCCCCGCCGCGGAAGAGUACUGAGCCUCAUGCCAUGGGCUGAACGCGGAGACCUGGGCAAUUCCUUCUCCAGGAUUGCACGAAUGUACCCACGGUCUCCUCGGCUCGUCCUUCCUCCAACCAUUCGCUGUCGAACACCACGGACAUCGUCGUGGGCACCGUCAUGCGGCAGCGUUCGUCCCGGAAAUAGCAGUGCUAAUCUCUGCCUGCGACCCUUCUCUGUUCUCGGUCAUCUGCACAGCUCGCGUGGCCACGGAGACAGCCCAGCAAACCUCAGGACCCGCGUCAACCGCAGCCGCAACGACAGUGGCCAUGGCAACGGGAACGGUCCAUGGCGCGAAGCUGCACCGAUAGCUGACGAACGGAGGCCCGCCAAGGGUUCCAUCUUCAACGAGCUCUUCCCGGAUGCUGAUUUGGACUCGCCGCCUAAAGAAGGCGCCGCACUCGCAGGUCCUGCCAAGGAAAGUCGAGAAACCCCGGCCUUUAGAGCAAGCCCCGCCCGCGAGGUGCUCGAUAAGGAGGACCUAGUCUCCUGGCUGGAAGCGCAGCGCGCCCAGGCCGGCUUGGAUGAUAGCUCCUUACCGCCGCGCGACUAUAUGCCGGCCAUGCUCGUCCUCUGGAAUGCAUCGAAAUCCCUUGCCGAGUCCGACUUCUACCGCGUCGGUCGUCAGGGUGAGCACGUCCAUGGCUGGAAUGGCUCCAUCAGGAAAGUGGUUCAAUUGUUCGAUGUAAACACGCUAGAGCCGCUCGACAGCUAUUUCAUCUUCUUCACCUCGCGGGCCGCCGCCCGAGCCUACAAGCUGCAGGCCCAUGCUCUUUUCGGCCCUCUGCGUCAUGCCACCUCCCAGCAGCUCUCUUCACCCCUGUUUUAUGGACCGUUUCCUACUGGCUCCGAUUCCGAUCCGGACCAGCAAACCUUUACCCUCGCACCGCCGUCCCCUGCGCCCCUCAGCCUCAAACUGUAUGCCCUCCCGGGGAGCACCGAAGCUCGUAUACAGCCCUUCACCAUUGAACACAUACUGGCCGCCUCGGCGUCUAUCCCGAGCUUGGGCAGCACUGGAAAAGGAUCAACCAAUACCGCCACAUCAGCCUCCUCAUCUAAUCAUCAACAUGUUAUAGUGUCACUAGAAGGAGGUGCCGUAGAUGUCCCAACCCUUCUGGGCCUGGUCCGUCAGGAUGGCCAAGAACGGAACCUCGCCUGGGACAUGACAGAUGUGAAGCCCUACUUUGCGCGGAAAUAUUCCGAGCCGAGGCCAGACAGCAAGCGGAAACAAAAAAAGGCGGUCAAAAAUAAAUCCAAUGGCAAGGCGCCGGAGAUAGAGGCAACAAACGGUGAAACAAGAGGGCAGUUGGGGCUUUCUAGUGAAGCAUCGGACGGGGCCCUCGAGGGCGGUGACGGGGCUUAUGGAAUCGACAAAGGGACUAGGGGAACUGAUGCCGGUGGCGAUUGCGGCUUCAAUGGGAACAUGAAAACCGAAGGUCCGGUCAAAUCGGCGCGCUUCGUGGUGUCUUUCAGAGAUGCGCUUGAGGCACGGCGAUUCGUCAGGACAUGGCAUCGGAGGGAGUUUUCCCUCUCCUCCCCCACGAGUCUGGAGUCGACACCAAACCAGCAGCAGAUACAAGGCAUAACCGUCAAUGCCAUUAUACCCUGGUAAUUGCAGGUUUUUUCUUCUUCUCUCUUUUCCACGUUCUCGUAGCCCUUUGGAGGACUGCUUGCCACAUAUCCUGCUGUGUUCUGAAGCGCAGACACAGCAAUCCAGCUGUCAUGUUGACUGCAGUCCUUUAUCUAUGUAGAGGAACAAUGAAAGUGCAAUACCAAACAGCUUUCUCUUAUACCCGAAAAGCUAAGCUUGUAUUCAACAUUGGUGGGGAAGGGGGCCGGGGGGAAUAUUCUUUUCUCUCUUUGUUUUUAUUUUAGUUUCGGCAGGCAAGGAACAUGUCAGCUGCGGGUGUAUGUGCACGCCCAUGCGGACUCGCCUUAGAUCAAGAGGGUCGUUGGGAAGAGAGGAGGCAGUCAUCAACAAGAUUAAGACAACGUCUCAUGCGCAGUGUGAUGAGAAGGAGAAAUAGAAAAGUAUAUUAGACCCCACAUGAUAAACCGAACUCCAGACCA